GUUGGACCAUUCGCUGUUUUCUAUUCUCUCCUGAAAGUGUUUUUCAAGGCCCAAAGGGGACCUCUCGAACGUACCACUCAGUUGCACUGCCUGUUUUUGUUGCGCUCCCGGAGCGCUGAGAGUACACCGGGCAUUUUUACGAACAAUCCACCCUAAAGCCGAAUUAUCUUUCAAUUAUACGGAGCCUUUCUUUCCCGCUAAAGCUCCGGUGCUCUUAGUCGUCGAUAGCUGCCUGAAAACCCCAAACUUACCUCGAAUUCCCAAACUUGGAACAAACUAUGGACACCAGGACCUAUGUAUCGGAUUCUCUUCUGCGUCUGACGGGCGCCUCAGAUCCUACUGUUAUCGACUUUAUUCUUGCGACCACAUCCUCCGCGAAAUCACCCACCUUGCUACGAGAAAAGCUCGAACCUUUCCUUGAUGCCAGCGCAGGAGAUAUCGAAUCAUUCGUCUCGGAGCUAUGGUCUCGAGCCGGUCUCAAAGGCAGUGCUGGAAAGUCGGAGAAACGGAACAAACCCGACGAUGGUACGAAAAAGAGAUACCGACUAGUUGAAAUGGAGGAUGGCACGGUAGACCACCCGGGCUUAGGACCAACCAUAGAUGUGGAGAAGUCAAGGCGCAGAGACAAAUCUGAACGUAACGGCGACAGCAGACGGCAGAGUGACAGAGAAGAUAAGAGGAAAAGGGACCGAGACGGAGAAACCUCAGAGCGUCACCGUUCGAAAAAGUUACGUCGGAUCGACAAGAGGGACUUUGAGGAUCGCUGGGGUGAUGAAGAGAUACCGGAGGAGGAGCUACAGGAGCAGGAGCCAGUUGAUGAUCUUGUUGAGGGAUCUCCAAAACGAAGAGGCCGUUCACCCUCGGAAGUCUCGGUUAGCUCUGAUCUUGAUGAGGAGACGAAACGAGAAAGGGCAAGACAGCGUGAUCUUAAAGAGCGUGAUGAAUUUGCGAAACGACUAGCGAAAAAGGAUGAGCAGAAGUCCAAAAAGAUUGUGGAAGAUCGUUCGUCUACAAAGGAUAGUGAUGUGGCGCGAAGGCGUGCUCUAGCCGAGGAUGCCGCAGCGAGGGAGGCUGCAAUGCCAGACCUCAGGCUUCGUUCACGCCAAGAAUACCUGAAGAAGCGCGAAGCUGAAAGGCUUGCGUUGCUUCGCAAGCAAGUCGCCGAAGAAACCGCUGAGUUGAGGGAGAACCCUAAUUUGACUCGACGGGAGAAGGAAGAUUUCGCGAAAAAUCGUGAGGUCCUACGACUUGCAGAGGAGAGGCUGCGAAUAGACGAUCAUCGCGAUGGCUAUAUGCUACCCGAAGAUUAUAUCACGGAGAAAGGGAAAAUAGAUCGGAAACGCAAGGAAGAAGCACUCUACAAACGAUAUGUUGACAGAGAUGAACGCGGUCAGGAACGGUUCAUUACGGAGCAUGAAGAGUGGGAGAAUGAGCAGACAGCAAAAGCAAAGGCACAGAUCACCAAAGCGGAAUUUGUUGACGAGGGAGAUUACGAGUAUGUAUUUGAUGACGCCCAAAAGAUUAAUUUCAUUAUGGAUUCGAAGUUGGAGGGUGAUCGGAAGCCCCUGACGAAGGAACAACGAUUAUUAGCGCAGCAAAUAGACGCAGCUGAAAAAAAGGCAGCGUCGAUCGAGGAAACUCGCAAAAGUCUGCCAAUAUAUCAGUUUCGCGACGAGUUACUGCAAGCCGUGGCUGAUCAUCAGAUCAUUAUUAUAGUCGGCGAGACGGGGAGUGGAAAGACAACGCAGAUUCCUCAGUAUCUUCAUGAAGCUGGAUACACAAAAGGUGGAAUGAAAAUUGGCUGUACGCAGCCUCGUCGAGUAGCUGCCAUGAGUGUCGCGGCACGUGUCGCAGAAGAAAUGGGAGUGAAAGUAGGCAACGAAGUCGGUUACGCUAUACGUUUUGAAGAUGCCACAAGUGAUAAAACGAUUCUAAAAUAUAUGACAGACGGUAUGCUCUUGAGAGAACUACUAACGGAGCCUGACCUUAGUCAGUACUCUGCCUUGAUGAUUGACGAAGCGCACGAAAGAACAGUUCCAACAGAUAUCGCCUGUGGUCUGCUCAAAGACAUCGCGAAAGCAAGGCCAGACCUUAAACUGCUAAUUUCUUCGGCCACUAUUGACGCGCAAAAGUUCCAAAAAUACUUCGAUGAUGCUCCAAUUUUCAACAUUCCCGGUCGCAGAUAUCCUGUCGACAUACACUACACAUCCCAACCAGAAGCUAACUACCUCGCGGCAGCCAUUACGACCAUAUUUCAAAUCCAUAUUACCCAAGGCAAGGGCGAUAUUCUCGUUUUCUUGACUGGUCAAGAAGAGAUAGAAGCUGCAGAACAAAAUCUCCAGGAAACAGCGAGAAAACUAGGAGGUAAAAUGCCAGAAAUGAUUAUCUGUCCCAUCUACGCCAAUUUGCCUUCAGAAUUACAGACCAAAAUAUUUGAACCUACGCCUCCUGGUGCGAGGAAAGUGGUUUUGGCCACGAAUAUUGCUGAAACCAGUUUGACUAUCGACGGAAUCGUGUAUGUUAUUGACCCUGGUUUUGUUAAGGAGAACGUAUUCAAUCCUCGCACAGGAAUGGAAAGCUUGGUUGUCACUCCAUGCUCUCGAGCAUCUGCAGGCCAGAGAGCGGGAAGAGCUGGGCGUGUUGGACCUGGCAAAUGCUUCCGGCUCUAUACAAAGUGGGCUUAUCAUAACGAACUCGAGGCAAAUACCACGCCAGAAAUACAGCGCACCAAUCUGAGUGGUGUGGUGCUGGCUCUGAAAUCCCUUGGAAUUGACGAUCUACUUGAUUUUGAUUUUAUGGAUCCGCCACCAGCAGAAACCCUCAUCCGCGCGCUUGAACAGCUCUAUGCACUCGGGGCUUUGAAUGACCAUGGAGAACUCACCAAAGUUGGAAGACAAAUGGCAGAAUUCCCCACUGACCCCAUGCUGGCCAAGGCCAUCCUUGCGGCCGAUAAAUACGGGUGUGUUGAAGAGGUUCUGUCAAUUAUCGCCAUGCUUGGCGAGGCGAGCGCACUGUUUUACAGGCCUAAGGACAAAAGGAUACAUGCGGAUAGUGCUCGAGCUCGGUUCACAAUAAAGGAUGGCGGUGACCACUUGACACUUCUCAAUAUUUGGAAUCAAUGGGUCGAUUCUGACUUCAGCUAUGUUUGGGCGAGAGAAAAUUUCCUUCAGCAACGAAGCCUUACGCGUGCUCGUGACGUCCGGGAUCAACUGGCCAAAUUAUGUGAUCGUGUUGAAGUGACUGUAAACACUGCUGGUGCCAACAACCUUGUCCCCAUUCAGAAAGCAAUCACAGCAGGUUUUUUCCCCAAUGCCGCACGGCUACAGAGAGGUGGUGACAGCUAUCGGACGGUUAAGAACGGGCAGACUGUCUAUCUGCAUCCAUCUAGUACUCUGUUUGAUGUUAAUCCUAAAUGGGUCAUUUAUCAUGAGCUGGUUCUCACAAGCAAGGAGUAUAUGCGAAGCAACAUGCCUUUGCAGCCAGAAUGGCUGGUUGAGUUGGCGCCGCAUUAUCACAAACAGAAGGAUUUGGAGAGCUUGGGCGUGGAUAAAAAGGUACCCAAGGGAAAGGGAGCCGUUGGAGAGAAGAGCAAGAUAUGAUAAUGUCCAAAUAUU